GAAUGAAAACUGGUCACACCGACGGCCACAUCAAAAAACUGGGGGUCUGGCGUGACCCUGUUAUUUCUAUCCUGCAAUAAAAUAGCUGUGUAAUUUAAGAUAGUUCGUGUGUGCUUCGAACAGUGUUAUAUAGCAAAUUCUAGUGUAAUUUAUGAAGAAAUUAUGGAACGCGCGACGGGAACAGAGGUGUACGGGUGUGGCUCGCCCCAAACCUCGGACAUAACGCUGAAUAUACAAACUACUACGGGUGGUAAUUUCUCCAUCAGUUUGAACGGUAAAAAUACAGUGGAGCACCUCAAGAAGUUGGUUUCGAAGAAACUUAAGGUGUCUAAAGAUAGAAUAUGCUUGCUGCAUCGCGAAAGACAACUGAGGGACGGCACGCUCGAGGAGAACGGUCUGCUGGACGGAUCGCGCGUGAUCCUGCUGCCGAGCGUGGAGACAGGCCUACUGAGCCACCGGCCCGAAAACUCUGUCAUGCAAGCAUUAGAAUCCCUCAAUGACACUCAGGUUAAUGACUUUUUAAGUGGUAAAUCUCCACUGAACUUGACAAUGAGGUUAGGUGACCACAUGAUGCUGAUCCAGCUGCAGCUGUCCACCCUCAACUCGGCCACAACUAGCUGCAGGUCCUUGAGAACUUCCACACCUACCAAAAGCUCUGCUACAUCAAUACGGACUACUAAAUGUGACGCCAGGGAAUCACCCAGCCCUCAGACUGCCACUCCUCCUACCUGUACACCUGCGCCCGUGGACCACUCCUACAUCUGCAGUGAAGCCCCCAAACCUGAACAAGCAGCAGCACACGCUCUACAGAAGCAAGACUUUGAAAUACUACAGAACUGUUUCAACUUAUACCGGUCAAUGGCUGAAGAAAAAUAUAGUGACAAAACUGAUACUUGUGAUGACAAAGAAGAGACUAUGGACUCAUCCAACUGCACACUGUCAGAUAUCUCUGAGACCUCUAUAGAAAAUGAACAGUCCCCUAUAAAAUCCUUGUCCAAUUUAGUGUCUAGUCCAAUAGAUGCUUCCACCUCUGAAAGCAGAGAUGCAGCCCUUGUGAACACUGUAAAAAAUAACCUGAUAGAUUUUUUAUCACAAAAUAAGAUAAGCAAUGAUGUGAUACCUUCAACAAGUGCCAUCUGUGACAAGCAAUGCCCCUCCACAUCUUCACACACUCCCGACAGCUCACUCAGUGAUGACAGUGAUAAUUUUACUGACCAAAGUUCAUUCCUUGCUGAAAGUACUAUAGAUGAAUAUCCCAUGGAAAACCUAUUCAACAGUGCAGUAGACAAGGGAUUGUUUGAAGAUCAAGAUGAAUCUAUGAUGGAUAGAGAAAUAUCUAAUUUGGCUACAACUAGUCACGGCAGUCAGGAAGCCAACUCAGGCACACUUCCAUCUUUCCAAAGUAUAAAUGAGCCUUUGAAGAAUAAGAGAUUCCAAUAUUUACUUCAUAAGACUUCAAAAUUCAAGCACCCAAUUGGGCAGAGUAAGCAGAAGGCCUUUAUGCAAUCUGUUGUGAAUAAACACAAGAAGAGGAUGCAGAGCCGACAAGACACAAACCUAUCCCAGCCCUCUACCUCUAGAACUGAGCCUUAUAUUACAAAUUCUAGGAAACUAAUUCUGCAGCCUAGCAAUGGUCAGACUGAAGACAAUGCUACACCUUCCACAUCCAAGCAGGCUGUGUUUAAGGCUCCAGAUGCUCCUAAGAAGCCUCAGAGAGCAUCACCUACACCCCCCGUGGACACCAAGGCUCUCAUUGAAGCAUCAAAGAACUUAACACAGAAAUUAAAGAAGCUGUCUAAAGAGGUCCUCACUAAUAAGAUAGACUUGAGGGCAGCCGAGGAGACUGUGUGCAAGAAAAUUGGUCCCGGAGCUGUGAUAGAGUCCAUGAAGCAUCAUGGCAAAGGAAUUUAUUCUGGGACAUUCUCAGGCACACUCAACCCUGCUCUUCAAGACAGAUAUGGCCGACCAAAGCGUGAUAUCUCCACAAUAAUUCACAUACUGAAUGACCUGCUAUGUGCUGCUCCUCCCAUAGCUUUAGCAACGAAGGAAGCGGCGGCGGCUGCGGCGGCGGCGGCCGAGGCCCGCGCGGGCGGCUGCGGCUGCGCGGCGGCCUGCACGUGCCGCCUGGAGCCCAAGCCCUGCGCCGCCUGCGUCGCCAACGCCGGCGAAAUGUGCAAGAAAUGUGAUACCGCCAAGACUUUAGCCAUGGAGAACUCCAAAACUAAAUGCAAACUCGAGCAGCUCAGACUCGUCAUGCAACAGAAGAAGCAACGGCGCGAGGCUCGUAAGCUCAAGACGUUGCCUUACACCAACUCGCCGUCGAAAACGAUAUCGUCUCCCGAGCAGCCGCCCGUCAUACAGGAGGAAAUAGAAACGCUUGCCUAACAUCUAAUUCAAUUCGCGUAAAUUAUUAACUCGCGCUUCUAGAUUUGUAACGGUACUCCGCCAUCUUGUCUUGCUUUUGUAUGGAAAUUACUAAUUAUUUCAGUUGUCUCAUUAAAGGUAUCAUAUAAUUUAAUUUAUGCACGGGAUGUAUUCCGACUGCAGGCAUUGGAGACAUGAUAACUAACAAAUAGUGACACUGUGUUAUCUCUGUGUAGUUAGUAUCGAGCGAGCAUUCACAGCUUUGUUAACGCGUGCGGACAAUAAAGUGUUUCCAGAUUUGUGUUACGCGUGUGCAUUUCAAAUGUGGACUGAUGCUUUCAGAAUAUACUAAAUGCGAAUUUAUGCUAAUAGUUUAUUGUCUUACGGUGAGUCUCGAAUGGGUUGCGAAAUAUUCAUUCAUUACACUCGCAACGGUGUUCUGGGGAAAAAUAACGUUUUUCUGAGAAUUUCACAUAUUAACAAAGCUGAGGAAUGCGCGUCGACUCAAAGGCAUGAGGCGAGUGCAUAAAAUAUUCUAAAUUACCAUUUUAACUAAGUUUGGAUAUAGUAUACCCAAUAACUUUAAGUGCUAUUAUACGCAUGUACAAAUGAUAAAGAUUGAUUAGCAAAAUCACUAGUUCGUAGAUAAAGUAACCAGUUAAGGUCCACGAUACACUUGCCUGGCGCGGCUUCAAAUUGAUUUUUGUUGUUAUAUUUUAGAUUAUAUUUUAUUGGUUCGAAGUUUUAGACACUUGUGUACCUAGUUUAAUUUUUUUGAAAAUCACUAUUGAUUGAUAUUCGACAUUACGGGGUUUAGUAACUAACGCAUUUCAUUAUUUCAUACUCGAUUGCUGGGGCGGCCCUGACGCCAGUCUUCUGUAUCAGUCGGUGUCACCGUCGCUAGCUUGACGCGCGAGUCAGGCUUUUAUUCUAUCCACAUAGUCAAAUUAGAGCUCAGCGUAUUGCAAUUUGAUAAUAAUAAUGUAUCAUAUCUUUUGCUAAUCACCUUAGCAGUAUCUUCGAUUUUCAUCUUAAUGGAUAAUGCCUUGAAAAAGACAACAAAUGCUACUCAAUGUCGCAUUAAUAGAGUUCCGCGGGAGCGGCUCCAGCAUAAGAAAAUUGUAUAAAUUUAGGACAAGUGAUCUUAUAUCCCACUUUUUUAAGUUAAUAAUUGGCACUGUUAUUCUUAUAGUUAUUUUUUCUUUGUUUUCCUUUUCUCCUUUCACGGAUAUGUUGUUAAAGAUAAUAAAAAUGUUUUCUGGAUUACACAUUUUCGUUUAGUUUUGUUGAUUUUUUUAUGUCAUUAUUGAUUUACACGAACUAUUAUACUGAUACGAGCUGAGGUACGGAUAAAUAAAUUUAAACUAAUAUUAUUUUCAUGGGACAUUAAAUGUAAAUAGCUCGUUGAAAAUAAGCGCAACUACAGUUCAAACAACAGAAAGCAAGUUUUAUGACGUGUGAAGUCUUGUUCAACGAAAGAAGAGGCGUCAGUCCGAACAACUAGUACGAAGGAUUGAUGAUCGAUGCCUGCUGAUAGACGGACGAUUCUAAGAGGAUGACUAGUCGCGCAUUUAAUCCAGAAACUCUGAGAGCAGGUGUUACACACGCAGCAUUACAUAUUUUUGAAAAGAGCAACUGUUGCGAAUAGUGCAAGAACACAAGCACAUGAGGCUUGUGAACGAUGCUGCUAUUUGGUUUAAAUUGACUUAUCCGAACCCUAACUCGUAAUAAUACUUUAUUAUGUAAAGGAUCCAAUCCAUGUCAAAUGCAAUACGGACGAUAGCAAGAUGACGAUCAUAGAUACACUAGAACUAGCUUUGUACAUACAUAUUAUGCAAAAGAUUUCGUAGCGGUAAAGUGCUUCUUUGAGUAUAUUCAUCAAUUAAAAAAAAAAGUUUUAUCAUUCAAUUGCCUAGACAUAUAUUAGGGGUUUAUUGUGAAAUAUCUCUGUGAAUACUAAUUAGUAGGAAAACUAGUGACCCACUAUACUAAACAAAGGCAGGAUGGAAAUUAUUAGUGUAUAAAGUAUGAAGAUCAACAUAUUAUGCUAUUUAUUUAAGUUAACGUUGAGAAUUACCCAAUUCAGUUUCUCUUCUUGGGGGAUGUGGUGUGAGAAAAAGUAGGAAGUAAAUUACGAAAAAGUUAACAUCACUAGUCUCGCGUAUAAAAAGACUAAUAAAUGAUGGGAAUGUAAUGGGUAGUGAACUGACCAGUCUUCCAAAAGAAGUCCAGAAUCAAAUAAAUAAGGUUUUCCUCAAUCUAAUGAUGGUAAGGGACCAAAAUCCAGGCCAUUGUUACUUGUCUUCAAAUUAUCGAAAGCAAUAAAUGAAAUCCUUACAUGUCGGUACUACCCAGGCCAGGUUGUGGUCAUGACUGAACAGCGCCUUCUGGAUAAUAUCUAGUUUAGGAAGAGGAAAGCCAAGGAAAUGUCAUGUCUGUAAAUCCCUAUUAUUAUAUAAUUUAUUAAUUAUUCGAGGCUUCUAGUACACUUUUAUUUCAUUGUACUGUUCCUCAUAGUAUGAUAGAAUAUCAAGCUAUAUAUAUGAGACGUUAUUACUUUUAUAGCUGAAGAACUUUAUUAUGUUGUCUUCCACUUUGUUUUAUGCAAAAUAAUAAAAGCAAUAGUCGUUCCCUGAGGCCAGCUACCUAAGCUUCAAUUGAGUUCAUUCGCUCUUCAGUCGUGACAAAAUCUUUCCUUCCAAAGUGCCUCUAACUGUAAGGGUACAUAAUGUAUUUAGUGUUGUGCCAUACGUGUAUAUUUAAGUUCCAUAAUUUGAAUGUUUAUGGCACUAUUCCAAGUUCGAAUAUUCUGUUCGAUCUCUUACCAAUCAUGUUCCUAAGAUCUCAAUUAUUUUCCGACAACUUGUAAUGUUUUGGCGGCAAACUUAUUCGGUCUAUUGUUUUUGUAAAUACAUUUUGUUACCGUAUAAUUUAGUUGUGAUGAGUUUUUGUUAUAAGGUUUUGAGGGAAAAUCGUAAAUUGUUUUUUUGUCCUUGUAUUUGCAUGUCUAGUGAGGAGAAUAAAGUUACAUAAUAAAAGUA